AACAAGUUAUAUAAAUAUAUAUUUUUUCUAUGGUUAGGCCAAAAAAAUGAGUUAUGGAGAGGGAUUAGAAGGAAAGAAGUCAGAUGUUAGGAAGAAGGAGCGCCGAACACAUAUUGGUCCAUGGAUAUUAGGGAAGACGCUUGGACGAGGCAGUACAGGGCGUGUUCGUCUUGCAAAACAUUCUAUUACAGGGCAGUUGGCCGCUGUUAAGAUUGUGCCUAAAACUGUAUGUGCUGAAAGAUCUAAGACAGAGAAGGGAAGGGGAAAAAGUAAUGUUUUACAUGGAAUUGAACGGGAAAUUGUUAUUAUGAAAUUAAUUGAUCAUCCUAAUGUGAUGCGUUUGUAUGAUGUAUGGGAGAAUCGACAUGAACUUUAUCUUAUUCUUGAAUAUAUUGAAGGAGGAGAAUUGUUUGAUUAUCUUGUGCGAAAGGGUAGAUUGGAUGAAAGUGAAGCGGUAGGAUAUUUUUAUCAGAUUAUAGCGGGAGUUGAUUAUUGUCAUCGAUUUAAUAUUUGUCAUCGUGAUUUAAAACCUGAGAAUUUAUUGCUUGAUAAGCAUCGUAAUAUAAAAAUAGCGGAUUUUGGGAUGGCGGCAUUGCAACCACUUGAUCGUAUGCUUGAAACGUCAUGUGGAUCGCCACAUUAUGCUUCUCCGGAAAUAGUAGCAGGUAAAAUUUAUCAUGGAGCACCGUCGGAUAUUUGGUCAUGUGGAAUUAUUCUUUUUGCAUUACUUACAGGACAUCUUCCUUUUGAUGAUGAAAAUGUUCGUCAUUUGCUUCUUAAAGUUAAAGCAGGACAUUUUGUUAUGCCUUCUAGAAUAUCAGCAGAAGGCAAGGAUUUAAUUCGGAGGAUGCUUGAUGUUAAUCCUCAUACACGAAUUAAAAUGAUUGAUAUUAUGAAUCAUCCGUUUUUAUUAAAAUAUCAGCAUCUUGAUAAAUUUCAGAAUAUUCCUAAAUCACCAACGCCUGAUGAAUUGAUGUAUCCUGUUCGAAAAAGAAGUGAAAUUGAUAUUGAAAUUUUGAAAAAUUUGCAAAUUUUGUGGCGUGAUGUUGCUAAAGAAGUUAUUAUAAGUAGAUUGUUGAGUAAAGAACAAAAUCCUGAAAAGACUUUUUAUUAUCUUUUGUUAAAAUAUAGAGAAGAUCGUAUGUAUUAUUAUAAAAAUUAUUUGGAUUCAGUAGAUUCUCAAAAAUCUUCUUAUAUUUCUAAGUUAUCAUUAUAUGAUCAAAAAUCAUUAUCACUUUAUAAACACUUAAAGAGGUCUUCAUCCCAAUAUUCUAAAUCUUCUGUUUCAAGUUCUAAAAAGAAUGCUCAUAAAGGAUCUAGCAUCGUUGUUAAUAUGCCUCAUAAACGAGGUGUUGAUUUUACUUAUGUGAAAAAAAAAAAGGAUUCUGUUUGUUAUGGACAUAGAAAUGAUUAUAUUCAAAACAGUAGUGAUACUAGUGAUCCCAGCUCACUUUUCGAAGAGUUUGCUGCUGAGUGUGAAACUGCUUUUAAUCAAUCAACGGUAUCGAAUAUUGACUGGAAGAAUGGUUUCACUUGUGUUCCUGAAAUAAUAUCACCUAAACAAGGUUUUGAGCCAAUUCAUAUACAUUCUUCUAGCGUAAUUUCGAAGGAGUUUGGGAAUGAUAAAACGACUCUUAAAAUUUAUGAGGAAAGUCCUGAAUCUAGCGGUUCAAGGAAAGAUUAUAAGUCGAAUGAUUUAAAUUCAUCUGAAGAUAUAGGUCAUUUUAAAUAUUUUGUUGUUAAGAAUCAACCAAAAUUGAGAGUAUCAAGUCUUCCAGAAUUUAUAACAGGAAAAUAUAAAUUAUUUGAUGAAAGAAGAACAGUAAGCGCACCUACAGAUUCAAAUGAUAUAGCACGAAAUAAAAAUAAGAAAUCAAUAUUUUCCCGGGAGAAACGCGGGCCUGGUAUUGGUUCUUUACGUAUAGUUUAUCCAACAGCUAUAUUUAGAAGAAUCUCGAGAAGUAAAGAGAAUAAGGUUUCUAGUAAAAAAACUGUUGAUUCCGGAAUUCAACAGUCUUUUUUUGCAAAAGUGCUUAAUAUUAAGCCAUCUGUAAAAUUAUUAAAAACUAUAUUACCUUUUGAACAUUUAUAUCAAGAAAUUGCUAAUACUUUGAAAAGAUGGGAGCAUCUUGGUAUUGGUAUUACAAACGUUCGGGAGGAUAUUCGAUCGUAUACUGUUUAUGCUAAUAUUUCUAAUUGCAAUGCUAUGAAACUUAAGGCAAUAAAAUUUCAUAUUCAAGUAUCAAAAGAAGGAAGUGGCAGUAUUGUGCGAUUUUUUUUGGAAAAAGGAAUAAAUUCAUCAUUUCAACAAUUAGUAAAAGAAUUUGAGUUGAUAUUAGAAAAUAAACAUGUCCUCGAUUUCUCUGAAUGUGUUUUAAAAUAAAUAUUUGUAUAAUUAUUGUGAAAUUUAUUUAAAAGCUUGUUUUAAU